GGCGUCCUCCUGGUUUAUGACAUCACAAACUACCAGAGCUUUGAGAACCUGGAGGACUGGUUCAGCAUGGUGAAGAAGGCCAACGAGGAGUCUGACAUCCAGCCUGUGGUCUCCCUCAUUGGGAACAAAAUCGACCUGGAGCACAUGAGGACGGUGAAGAACGACAAACACCAACGUUUCUGCCAAGAGAACGGCCUCAUCAGUCAGUUUGUAUCGGCCAAGUCAGGGGACUCGGUGUUCCUUUGUUUCCAGAGAGUGGCGGCUGAAAUUCUGGGAGUGAAGCUGAACAAAGCAGAAAUCGAGCAGUCCCAGCGUGUGGUGAAAGCCGACAUCGUGAACUACAGUCAGGACACCGUGGCCAGGACGGUCAACCCCCCACGCAGCUCCAUGUGUGUAGUGCAGUGAUCAUCACCCACACACACACACACACACACACACACACACACACACACACACACACACACACACACACACACACUUUAAGAUGUCAAAUUGUCCUCCGUCAGUAUUCCCGCUCUUUCAGGGUGUCUGUGUCGCCCGGAUGAAUGGCGUUUGUAUUCCCGUGUGUCAGCUUUUUGAGGUCGAUGGCGAGUAGACAGCGUGGGCGUCGGCCUGUAGUUUGAACAUUAAGAAUGAUUUCUCGGGUGGUUCACCAAAAAGUUUACUCCAUGUUUACAUGCAGCUAUAUGUCUUUAUUUCUCUGAUUAAAAUCAAAUCCUUAAAAUAGUU